CCAAAGCACUGUGUUAAAUGGAGCUAGAGGACCAAUGGUGGAAAGGACAACUAGCUGCAGACAUGUACCAGGAGCUACGAUACAAAGAGCUCAAGUUGCCUUCCUUCAAAGGCCAGUCACCUCAGCUCAACUUCAGAAGAUACUUUGCAGACCUCAUCGCCAUCGUCAGCAACCGCUUCAGGUUGUGUCCUGCAGCCAGACACCUGGCAGUCUACCUGCUGGACCUCUUCAUGGACCGCUAUGAUGUAACUGUGCAGCAGCUUCACAUGGUCUCACUCUCAUGUCUUCUUCUGGCCAGUAAAUUUGAGGACAGGGAGGACCGGGUGCCUAAGCUGGAUACUUUGAACAAUCUGGGAUGCAUGAGCUCUAUGAAUCUGGUCUUGACUAAGCAGGGUUUGCUACAUAUGGAGCUGCUCCUGUUGGAAACCUUCCAGUGGAACCUGUACCUCCCCACAGCCGCUCACUUCAUAGAGUACUACCUGUCCAUCGCUGUCCACGAGGGAGAUCUGCAUGACGGUUGGCCUAUGACUUGUAUGGAGAAGACCAAACUGUACAUGGACAAGUAUGCUGAUUAUUUUCUGGAGGUUUCCCUGCAAGAUCAUGUGUUUUUGUGUUUUGCCCCCUCGCUGGUGGCAGCUGCGUGUGUGGCCGCCUCUCGUCUCAUCCUCCACCUGUCUCCGACGUGGCCACCCCGUCUGCAAUGCCUCACAGGCUACACAUGGGAGAACCUGGUCCCCUGUGCAGAGAAGAUGCUAAUUGCACAUGACAGUGAUGUCAAAGAGGCCAACAAGCAGAAGUGCCAGCAGCCUGGGCAGCCACCACAGCAGCAGCAGCAGAGCCAGGCAGUGUACCACGGUUCAAGUCAGGCAGGCACGGUUGCCCAGUACCUGCACCACCCCAGCAUCCAGUACCCCCAGCAGGCUCCUCAGCAAGGCCUGGCCCUUAACCACAGGCCUGCCUCCUACCUCAGCCACUCCAGCAGCCUGCAAGCCCCUAGCAACACUCAGGCCAUCACAACCUCGCUAGAUCCAAAGUCUAACAUUCCCAACAGGGCUUACCAAGUCAGCAUGCAUUACACCUGUGCUGCCCCGUGCUUUGACAGAUAA